AUGGUCGACUUUCCGCCUUACGUUGAAAAUAAUUAUUGGACAGAAAUACUGUAACAUCAUCGUUAGUGCAAUGAAACGGAUUCUGUGCAGUACGUUUGUUUUUAGGUAAGAACGCUAAUAUUUAUUCACACUCUCCAAAAAUGAUUUGUGUGUACAAAGUGAAACAGAUGUGACUUAAACAUGAAACCGAAUAACCUUAACAUUUCAAGAUCUCUCAUCCUGCUUUGGAGGAUACAUGUAAUUAAAAUAUAAACAAGAUGUUUUUAUAUUAAAUGUAAAUGGUGAGAUUUUGUUUUCUUUUUAUUUUCAUGUACCAAUUCAAAUAGAUUUUCUAAAAUCUGAACAGCAUAAUUCAUCAGAUAACCUCGAGAGAAAACAUUUCCAAUAAUUUAGCCACAGUUAUCAUAGUUUCAUUGAAAUUUACGUUAUACUAGAAACAAUCUUGUGAAUGUCGCAAAUGACAAUGAGGAUUAAAUAUCAAUGCUAAUAUAUCUUAACAAAGAAAGUGUUCUAUAGUAGGGAAAAAAGCCAUGAUUUGAUGUUUAUACUUCAGAAGAAACAUUUCAAACUCUAGUCAUAAGAACAAAACAAAAAACAGAUUAAAGAGAAAGUGGUUACAAAUAUUAUGCAAACAGAACGUGAAACAGAAGAACAUGAAUAAAGUAUCACAUCAUGUUGGCGACGUCGAUCAUUCCUUAAAGAGGAUUUCUGGUCGUGUGCUUCCUGAUCUAAUAUUCCCAACCGUUUAACGACGGUUACUCUGAAGACCUUCCUAAUAUAUAUAAUUAAUUUCGACAAAGCAAUGAGGAAAAUCAAUUUUUUGCAAGUUAUAAGAUAAUGCGCUGCACUAAAACAAGAAUAUGUAACCUCUCAGCAGAGCAAAGAAAACAGAAAUACAGUCUAUUUUUUUACAUUUAGUUUUAGAAUGAAACAGCAUGUUUGGUUUUUGGUUAGUAAUUCUUUAAAUGCAGUGGCUUUUACAACAGUACUGCUUUGUUUGGUAUCAUUAACCGAAGGAGUGACAUCCGCGGUUGUCCCUGGUGAGAGGUAUCGUGGUCCCGUGGUACGGGUGGUGGGAAUCAUUGGACAACAGCAGUGUGUCCGGGAAUGUAGACACAGACCCAAGCUAUGUCGAGGAGUCAACUAUCAGAAACAGAAACUACUGUGUGAACUCGUGUCGGCCAUCAACGAAACGGAAUCCAAUCCUGACUACGUUAGAAUUGAACUCGAUCAGACUGGCCAUAUUCCAGUUGAUUGCCUGUCAUGUUCUACUGAUGAUCUGUGUGUGACGCUUUCUAGUAAGGAAGUUCACUGUAUUCGAGACAAUGGCAGUCCGACGGAUUGUACAUCCCUGCACAACAUCAACUGUGGCCUGCCUUGUGGACUGUACAGAGUACGUCUACCAUACAUCGGUCACGUGACAGUUUUCUGUGAGAUGGAAAAAGAUGGCGGGGGAUGGACAGUGUUCCAACGUCGUCAGGAUGGUUCUGAGGAUUUUUACCGAACCUGGACAGAGUACAAGAACGGAUUCGGAAAUUUGGGCUCUGAGUUUUGGCUCGGUAAUCACAAACUACAUAACCUUCUGAGUCAGGGGACGUAUGAGAUGAGGAUGGACAUGGAGGACUUUGACAACCAGACACGUUACGUCAAGUACAGCAGUUUUAACGUAGGAAAUGAAUCAUCAAAAUACACCGUCACGUUGUCGGGCUUCUCGGGAGAUGUCGAUGACUGUUUCACGAGUACAACAUUAAAUAACCCAAUAAACAAUAUGAAGUUCUCCACAUGGGAUGACGACAAUGACCUUCGGUCAGGUAACUGUGCUUUUUCCCAAAACUCAGGGUGGUGGCACAAAAGUUGUUCCUGUUCUAACCCGAAUGGUCUUUACCUAAGAGGGGAGACUUCGUUAAGAAAUGAAGGACUCACUUAUGUACCUUGGCGAAGUGGUUUAUAUUCGCUGAAAGUGACACAGCUCAUGGUCAGAAGAGUAAAUUAAGUCAGAGACAAUUACGUGUGCUUUGACAGACCGUAGGCAGCCUUCUCUAUGUUUCUGUUUUUGUCUUACACUGUGUAUCACAACGCCGCUGUGGAAUAUAAAUUGACAUUCAUUUCGUCGUUUUAGCUCACCGAGACAAAAUCAGGGGGAGCUUAUGCUAUACACCAGGCGUCGGCGUGCUGACCUGGUUAAAGAUUUGUUCCAGGUCCUAUAUCUAAGUUACUACUUGCCUUAUCUUCACCAAACCUGCAUGGAUGAUGCAUCUGGACCUACUUAUGGACUUGAAAGACCUAGGUGCUGAAUCUGGGCCAUGAAUUUCAGAUGCUGGAAAAGGUUAAGGUUUUUGGAGCAAGUGAAAGUAUUUGGAGGAGGUGGCCUCUGACGAUUAUAUCUUGGCUAUUUCUGUCCUUAUUUCACCAAACGUCUUAUAAUACUGAUGCACCUGAUAAGCUUGAAUGCUGAAUCUUAGCCAUAUGUUUCAGAUGCUUGAUAAGGUUUAGUUUUUGGAACAGGUCACACGUUUUAUAGAUAAAGGCUUGCAUAAUUGAUUUAACUAUAAUAUAAAUUAACUGCAAAGAUAGCUUCAGAUGCAGAGUCUGAUGUCCAUCUCCAUCCAUUAUCAAGGAUGCUAAAAAAAUAUCCUACCUCACUCAAACCUGUUUGAUAGAUACAUGUGUAUGUUGUUAAAUGAUAUAACAUCAUUUCUGUGAUAUAGUAUUGUAUGAUAUGAUACACCACUGAUUUAUAUGAAACAAUAUAAUAUCCUACAUUAUAUUGUAAAAAUUAUACGAGACGAUAUGUUAU